UUUUCUUUGACAGCGCCGAUGCUGCUUACUGGCUUGUCUAGUUACCGACUGGAACUCAGCGUGUCUCCAGCAGUUCUACAUCCUCUGGACCAUCACCAAACAGCGGGACAAAUCUAACAAACACCUCCAGACGAGCGCCGUCCUGGACUUUGUUUAUGUCCGCGGCGGCGGAGCUCGACACUUCCUCGGUCUUCAUCUUAGGGUGCCAUCAACGGGAGAUUGAGUGUCUGGUUAGCACAUGAUGUUCAAGGACUACAGAUCUGGCCGAGCUGUAGGUCUAAAUCCGCUGCCCUUCGAUCCUGCCACGAACAACGAGCCGCUACAAUUCAACAGCUCCAAUGGUCCUCUGGUCUCUGAGUGUCCACUGGAAAACGGAACAGAAAACAGCAAAAAGAGAAAGAGACCCAACCUUCCUCCAGAGGGACUCCGGAAUAUUGCCAUGGACUCCAACUCUUUAGCGAUGCCCAUUUCAGAUCCUAAUGCUUGGGCUACUGCCAUGAAUAACCUCGGAAUGGCCCCCAUGAGCAUGACUGGCCAACCUAUCAUGUCAGAUUUUGACCCCAGCCUUGGUAUGAUGACUGGCAUUGCUCCAAUGAACCCCUUGAUGCCCGGCCUUGGGAUUGUGCCCCCGCCAGUUUCGCAAGACAUGCCUAUAGUGAAGGAAAUCAUCCACUGCAAGAGCUGCACACUCUUUCCACCAAACCCCAACCUGCCUCCUCCUGCCACCAGAGAGAGACCGCCAGGCUGUAAGACGGUGUUUGUGGGAGGUUUGCCAGAGAACGCCACAGAGCAGCUCAUCGUAGAAGUGUUUGAACAGUGCGGAGGUAUCAUCGCCAUCCGGAAGAGCAAGAAGAACUUCUGUCACAUCCGUUUUGCAGAGGAGCACACAGUUGAUAAGGCCCUCUUCCUGUCAGGUUAUAGGAUCAGGCUGGGUUCAAGUACAGAUAAGAAGGACACAGGCCGGCUGCAUGUAGAUUUUGCCCAGGCUAGAGAUGACCUGUACGAAUGGGAAUGCAGACAGCGCAUGCUGGCCCGGGAAGAGAGGCACCGUCGCAGAAUAGAAGAGGACCGUUUACGGCCCCCCUCACCACCCCCCAUUGUGCAUUACUCUGAGCACGAAUGUAGCCAGUUAGGAGAAAAACUCAAAGACGACUCCAAAUUUCCCGAGGCGGUGCGUGUCCUGCUGACCUGGGUGGAGCGAGGGGAGGUAAACCGCAGGAACGCCAACAACUUCUAUUCAAUGAUCCAAUCCUCCAACAGCCACAUUCGCAGACUGAUGAACGAAAAGGCCGCCCAUGAGAAGGAGAUGGAGGAAGCCAAGGACAAGUUCAAGAACGCCCUUUCUGGAAUUUUAGUACAAUUUGAGCAGAUUGUGUCUGUAUUCCACGCUUCUUCCAAACAAAAGGCAUGGGACCAUUUCUCCAAAGCCCAGCGCAAGAACCUGGACAUGUGGCGAAAGCAAGCAGAGGAGAUCAGAAACAUCCACAACGAAGAGCUGAUGGGAAUUCGGAGGGAGGAGGAAAUGGAGAUGUCGGAUGAUGACAUGGAGGAUGUUCCAGAAAGCAAGGAUUUGGAUGACUCAGGGCCGCUGGCUCAGGUGGAGGCUCUGAAAGAGGAGAACGACAGUCUGCGGUGUCAGCUGGAUGCCUACAGGAACGAGGUGGAGCUUUUGAAACAGGAGCAGGGUAAAGCGCAGCCCCAGCGCAGCGAGGAGGAUGCCACCCGCCAGCAGCAGCUCAGCUUCCUGCAGCAGGCUCUGCAGGGCAUGCAGAAGCAACUGCUCAAGCUUCGUGAGGAUCUGAAACUGAGGGAAAUGGAGCUGGAGAAGAACUCAGAGGAAAAACAACAGCUCGAAAGCCAGAUCCAGACCCUGAAAGAUCGGAUUCAAGCUUUUCCCACAUCACACGCGCUGCCCCUGGAGACGGCCGAGCGGGAGGACAGAGGCGGCGAUGAAAGUGCAAAUCACGCCAGCGAAGCUACGACGGCGGUGGUGUCCUGCAGCCAGGAAAAGGAGAACCUGCCGGAAAAAGGUCCCCCCAGUCCGGUGAAGUCAGAAAGAGAGGCUCUGCUUGUGGGAAUCAUCUCAACGUUUCUUCAUGUCCAUCCGUUCGGAGCCAGCAUUGAAUAUAUCUGUUCCUAUUUACAACGGCUGGACACUAAGAUCAGUACCACAGAAGUGGAGACUCUUUUGGGUCGCCUGCCCUGCACGUUUAAGCAGGAGUUGACGGGCGUUGGGGCGAGUUUGGAGAAACGCUGGAAGUUCUGUGGGUUUGAAGGCAUUAAGACAGCGUAGAGACACAGGUUGGGCUUUUCUCUAGAAACAAAGUGGCCGAUAGACCAGAGGGGUUAUAAACAAUCAUCUGCCAGCCCUCUGCGUCCAUCCGCCCAUGGGAUUUCAAAAAUCUCAGAAAACCCGGAGAUCCUCAAGACUUUGGUGUGUGUGUGUAGUAUGUUUUAGUAUGUGUACACACAUGUCAAAGUGUGUGUAUGUGCACCAUGUGAACAGACUGUGCGCUUCUACCACACAACGUGAAAAACUCAUCGGGUAAAAAUCAGGGUCGGCUGAACCGAGGACUUGAACUGUCAACAUACAUUUUCUUUUUCUCGUUUCACCUGUAAUUUGUAUAAAAAACAACACAAAAACGUAUAAAGAACAUGAAUAUAUUUCCUUUCUCUUCUGUAUAGGCUGCAGAACAGUUGCAUAGAAUCUUUUGUUCACAUAUCCUGUAAAUGUUUGAAUAACU